AUGAAACCUGUCCAUAAGCAUGUUGAGACCAUCGGGGAUGCGUACAUGGAAAUUGUGCUCAAUGAAUCCAUUAAGUUGGACUGGACCUUCAAGUACUCGAUCAUACGCGACAUAAUCAACGGCAUGCACUACUUGCACGAGUCGAGCAUACGCUCACACGGCAAGCUGAAGUCAUCGAACUGCGUCAUCGACUCGCGCUUCGUGCUCAAGAUCACCGACUUCGGACUGAAGGGCUUUCGUGACGUCAUCGACGAGGAAGAGCAAACCGCUUGUGACAACGCCCACCGACUGUUGUGGACGGCCCCAGAGCAUCUGCGCAGCACGCAAGUAGCGUGGAAUGGCACACAGAAGGGCGAUAUCUACAGCUUCGCCAUCAUCACGUGGGAGAUCGUCAAUCGACAGGCACCGUACGAUGGCGAUGACAGCUACCUGGAAGCACAGGAAGACUGCUGGGCCGAGGACCCCGCCUCCCGCCCGACAUUCCACGCCAUCAAACUAGACAUCGCCAAGAUCGACAAGACCGGUAAGGGGAAUAUACUCGAUGAUCUAUUGAAGAGGAUGGAACAGUAUGCUGAGAAUCUCGAGAGCCUGGUAGAGGAGAGGACGCAUCGCUUUUACGACGAGAAAAACCGCAAAUCCGAGCGCAGCUCUCUGACGAAAUUGCUUCCCAAGUCUGUCGCCAAGCAACUGGUGAGCGGGAAGUCGGUGCAACCAGAGUCAUUCGAAAGUGUCACCAUCUACUUUAGUGACAUAGUAGAGUUUACGCAGCUAUCUGCCCAGAGUACACCUAUGCAGGUUGUCGACCUUUUAAAUGACCUGUACACGUGUUUCGAUGGCAUACUGGAACACUUUGAUGUUUAUAAGGUUGAGACCAUCGGGGAUGCGUACAUGGUUUGCUCAGGCAUUCCUAUCAAGAAUGGAAUCAAUCACGCUUGCAAUAUUGCGCGAAUGUCCUUGAACCUACUCGAAGCGAUCGAUCAUUUUCAAAUCCGUCAUCGUCCCGGCGUAAAACUCAAUCUUCGAAUUGGACUUCAUUCAGGAUCCGUGGUGGCAGGUGUCGUUGGAUUGAAGAUGCCGCGAUAUUGUCUCUUCGGCGACACGGUGAACACCGCAUCGCGCAUGGAAUCCAACGGAGAACCUCUGAAGAUCCACGUUAGUAAACAACUCAAGGCGCUCUUGGACAGAUUUGGAACGUUUAUUCUAGAGAGUAGAGGAGAAGUAAAAAUGAAGGGGAAAGGAAGCGUGGAGACAUACUGGUUAAUCGGGGAAAUGGCUGGCCCUAAACUGCCACCGCCACACUUCCAGGAUGCCACUGAUUCAUCUUGA